GCGACCAAGUUCGCUCGGCAUAAAAAUGGGAAUAAAAUGGAAAUGGGAGGGGAAAAAACGGAACGAAUCAAAUUACCUUGGAUCGGCUCGGCUUGGUUUUGAUCUGGUUUUGAUUUGACUUUUUUUUCUUUCUUUCUUGCACGGAUGGAUGGAAUGCAUACAUGGAUGGCAUGUGCACUACUACUACUCAUGAGACCAAUGGCGGGUACCAGAGGUGUUUUUGGCGUUCUCAUCUGCUCUUCUCUUUUCCACUUCCAGGUGUUAUUCCUCUUUUCUCCCCUGCUUCAGCGGUUACUUCUCUCCUAUCCCGAACAACGCUUUCCUAUCCUGGAAAGCUUGAAAGAUGGGGAGGAGGGGGAAAUGGCACAGGAAAAAGAGAAACAUUGUAGAGCGAUGUGUUUUUGUUUCUCUUCUAUUCGAUAUCUUGUCUGUUCGAUUUUGGUAUCGAUAUCGAUUCGAUUCGAUUCUUCACGAAAAUCAUGAUGAUCAUGAAUAUGAUAAAUUUUUGUUCUGGGCAGGUAAUGAAUGAGAUCACGAAUUACACCGCCACACACUACCGGUUUAAUCCGGGUUUUUGAUUUGGUUUGAUUUUUUGGGGGGGAUUCUGUUCUUGUUUACAUUGUUCAAUCCCAUUGUCUGAUUCGGGUUCUU